CCGUGGGCAGUAAACUUGUCCCAGCCAGAGGGAAAUCCAGUGUACCCGAAUCGUGUGCGUUCCACGUUUUAGGGCAACUGGGCGCACGAUAACUCCAGCGACUCUCCUAGAAAGGACACCAUGCCCCCCAAGUCUCUUUGCAAUCUCUCCCAGACCUCCGGCACGAAUUACAGCGGUGCAGUUCCCGGGGUGUGGGACAGCGAUUUCCUGCCCGCCCCCGACGGGACCACCGCCGAGUUAGUGAUCCGCUGUGUGAUCCCGUCCCUCUAUCUGUUCAUCAUCACGGUGGGCUUGCUGGGCAAUAUCAUGCUGGUGAAGAUCUUCAUCACCAACAGCGCCAUGAGGAGUGUCCCCAACAUCUUCAUCUCCAGCCUGGCCGCCGGGGACGUGCUGCUGCUGCUCACCUGUGUCCCGGUGGAUGCUUCGCGCUACUUCUUUGACGAGUGGAUGUUCGGGAAGGUGGGCUGCAAACUGAUCCCUGUCAUCCAGCUCACCUCCGUGGGAGUAUCCGUGUUCACUCUCACUGCCCUCAGCGCCGACAGGUACAGAGCCAUUGUAAACCCCAUGGACAUCCAGACUUCGGAGGCGGUGCUGUGGACUUGUGUGAAGGCCGUGGGUAUCUGGGUAGUCUCUGUGCUGUUGGCUGUUCCAGAAGCGGUGUUUUCAGAAGUAGCGAGCAUUGAUAGCUUGGGUAAUGGCAGCUUCACAGCCUGCAUACCCUACCCUCAGACUGAUGAAUUACAUCCGAAGAUUCAUUCAGUGCUCAUCUUCCUGGUCUAUUUCGUCAUACCCCUUGCUAUUAUUAGUGUUUAUUAUUAUCAUAUUGCAAAGACCUUAAUUAAAAGUGCACAUAAUCUUCCCGGAGAAUACAAUGAACAUACCAAAAAGCAGAUGGAAACGCGGAAACGCCUGGCUAAAAUUGUGCUGGUCUUCGUGGGCUGCUUUUUCUUCUGUUGGUUUCCAAAUCACAUCCUCUAUAUGUAUAGGUCUUUCAACUAUAAAGAGAUUGACCCAUCUCUAGGCCACAUGCUUGUCACCUUAGUUGCCCGGGUUCUGAGCUUUUGCAAUUCCUGUGUCAAUCCAUUUGCUCUCUAUCUACUCAGUGAAAGCUUCAGAAGGCAUUUCAAUAGCCAGCUCUGUUGUGGGAGGAAGUCCUAUCCAGAGAGAUCAACCAGCUACUUAGUCAGUUCUUCUGCAGUGCGUAUGACAUCUCUGAAAAACAAUGCUAAGAAUGUGGGGACUAAUUCUGUUUUACUAAAUGGGCACAGCGUGAAGCAGGAAAUGGCCCUGUGAUUUUGGCCAUUCAACUCACUACCUGGAAAGAACUUA